AGUGCAUGUGAGGCUGUUCCCCUUGUGAGAGUGCAUGUGAGGGUGGGAGUGGUGAAGUGCGGUCUCUGUGCUGGAGAGAGAGAGUGAGAGAGAGACGGACGGUCGGUGUUAGGUAGCAGUGCCAGCACAGGGAGAGGCUGCCAUUCCGGGCUCUGGAUAUCCUGUAGUUGAUGGCUAAUGACCCCCCGAGUUGCCCUGAUACCAGCUCUCCUUGCCGUCCCUGCCCCGAACUCGGGAUCUUAGCCGCAGAAGCAGCAGGAGGAGGAGGGGAGGUGCUGGGCCAUGACCGUGGAGCAAAAUGUCCUGCAGCAAAACUCGCAGAAGCACCAACAAACCUUUUUGAAUCAACUAAGGGAGAUCACUGGAAUCAAUGACCAACAAGUAUUGCAACAAGCACUUAAGGACAGCAAUGGAAAUUUGGAGCUAGCAGUUGCAUUUCUUACUGCGAAGAAUGCCAAGCUUCCUCAGCAGGAAGAAGCAACCUACUAUCAAACGGCGCUCCCGAAUAAUGACAGAUACAUCAGCGUGGGCAGCCAGGCAGACACAAACGUGAUUGAUCUUACAGGAGAUGAUAAAGAUGACCUUCAAAGGGCGAUUGCACUCAGUUUGGAAGAGUCAAACCGGACGUUCAGAGAGACAGGAAUUACUGAUGAAGAACAAGCCAUUAGCAGUAUUAUUUUUUGUGCUGAAAGGGUUUUAGAGGCAAGCAUUGCGGAAAACAAAGCAAGUCUGAAACGGACGCAUCCAGAGGUAUGGAGUGACUCGCCAAAUCCCUAUGACCGAAAACGACAAGACAGCUGUCCUGUUGGUCUAAAGAAUGUUGGAAACACUUGUUGGUUCAGCGCUGUCAUCCAGUCUUUGUUUAAUCUGUUGGAAUUUCGAAGACUGGUCCUCAACUAUGUUCCUCCUACAAGUGCCCAGGAAAUGCCACGUAACCAGAAGGAACACAGGAAUUUGCCUUUUAUGCGUGAGUUGAGGUUUCUUUUUUCGCUCCUUGUCAGCUCUAAACGGAAAUAUGUGGAUCCAUCAAGAGCUGUUGAGAUACUUAAAGACGCUUUCAAAUCAAAUGAUUCACAGCAGCAAGAUGUAAGCGAAUUCACUCACAAACUACUGGAUUGGCUAGAAGAUGCUUUCCAGAUAAAAGCAGAAGAGGAAAGAGAUGGAGAAAAGCCAAAGAACCCAAUGGUGGAAUUAUUUUAUGGGCGAUUUCUGGCAGUGGGCGUGCACGAAGGAAAGAAAUUUGAGAAUACAGAGAUGUUUGGACAGUACCCUCUCCAAGUGAAUGGCUUUAAGGAUCUGCAUGAGUGCCUGGAGGCGGCCAUGAUCGAAGGUGAAAUCGAAUCUUUGCAUUCAGAGAACUCUGGCAAAUCCGGUCAAGAGCACUGGUUCACGGAACUCCCACCUGUGUUAACUUUCGAGCUUUCCCGUUUUGAGUUCAAUCAAGCACUAGGAAGGCCGGAGAAGAUUCACAAUAAAUUGGAAUUUCCCUCAUGCUUGUAUAUGGACAGAUACAUACACAAAAACAGAGAAAUCACUAGACUGAAACGGGAUGAGAUAAAAAGACUAAAAGAGCACCUUACAGUGUUGCAGCAACGGCUUGAACGGUACUUAAGCUAUGGUUCUGGCCCCAAACGUUUCCCGUUGGCAGAUGUGUUACAGUAUGCCCUUGAGUUUGCUUCUAGCAAGCCUGUUUGCACUUCCCCGGUGGAUGAUAUUGAUACAAGUGCCCCACCUAGUGGUUCUGUAGGAACACAAACCAUGCAAAGCACCAUGGACAUUCAGGGGCCUUCCUCCUCCACCGAGACACAACCCAGUCAGCGUUCUGUGAUUCACAAGCCUUUCACACAAUCACGGAUACCUCCUGACAUGCCUAUGCACCCUGCUCCACGUCACAUUACAGACGAGGAGCUGUCAGUAUUAGAGGGAUGUUUGCAUCGUUGGAGAACUGAAGUGGAAACGGAUACAAGAGACUUGCAGGAGAGUAUAGGCCGAAUACAUCGAACCAUAGAACUGAUGUACUCUGACAAGCUGAUGACGCAAGUUCCCUACAAGUUGCAUGCUGUGCUCGUGCAUGAAGGCCAAGCAAAUGCAGGACACUACUGGGCAUAUAUUUUUGAUCACCGUGAAAAGAGGUGGAUGAAAUACAAUGAUAUUUCUGUUACAAAAUCCUCCUGGGAAGAAUUAGAGAGAGACUCAUUUGGGGGUUACAGGAACGCCAGUGCAUACUGUUUGAUGUAUAUCAAUGAUGGAGAACAGCAUUUAAUACAAGAGGAAUAUGAUAAGGAGACUGGUCAGCUCCUUACUGGGAUGGACACUUUACCCCAUGAUCUACGGGAAUAUGUCAAGGAAGAUAACAGGCGAUUUGAAAAGGAAAUUGAGGAAUGGGAUAAAGAGCAGUUGCGGAAAGCAGAACAAGAGAAGAUGCAUAUUUCUCAGAAAACACUGAAACCUGCUCCACCUACUGUUGCUGAUUCCCCAUGUUGGCCAAGAGCAGGAAGCAACUUAGAUUUUGCAGCACAUCCUGAAUCUACCUUGAAGGAUCCAGAGUACAUGGAGCAGCCUACUAGAGCAGAUCUUUCAAGUGACAUUAAAGAGGAGACCACUAGUGCAAUUGCUCGAGCAGUCACAGAUUCUGAAGACAAGGUUCCAGAGGCUGUCCUGCAAACGCCCACUGAUAGCACCCCAGUUCCUCCAGCUCCUAACCAACGAGUUGUAGAGGUGGCGAUCCCUCACGUAGGGACUUUUGUUAUUGAGUCAGAGGAGGGGGGUUAUGACGAUGAGGUCAUGAUGACCCCGAAUAUGCAAGGUAUAAUCAUGGCCAUAGGUAAAUCCAGGAAUGUGUAUGACAGGUGUGGGCCUGAAGCAGGGUUUUUCAAGGCCAUCAAAACGGAAUAUGCUCGACUCUUAAAACUAGCACAAGAAGAUACUCCUCCAGAGACUGAUUACCGCUUGCAACAUGCAAUAGUUUACUUCAUCCAGGGCCAGGCACCAAAGAAAAUAAUUGAAAGGACGUUGCUUGAACAAUUUGCUGAUCGUAAUUUAAGCUUUGAUGAAAGAUGUCGAAAUAUUAUGAAAGUUGCUCAAGCAAAACUUGAAAUGAUCAAACCAGAUGAAGUAAACAUGGAAGAGUACAAGAGGUGGCACAGGGAUUACAGGCUCUUCAGAGAAACAACAAUGUUAAUCUUGAUUGGCCUGGAACUGUUUCAUAGUAAGAAUUUUGUUGAAGCCUUACUGUACUUAAUUUACGGCUAUCAGUAUAACAAAGAAUUGCUUUCACAAGGCCUCUACAAAGGACACGAUGAGGAGUUGAUAUCCCAUUACCGCAGGGAGUGUUUUCUAAAACUGAAUGAACAGGCAGCAGCUUUGUUUGAAUCUGGGGAGGUUGAAGAAGUCAACAAUGGCUUGACUUUGAUGAAUGAGCUUAUUGUACCAUGUUUACCAUUGCUGUUGGUCGAUGAAAUGGAGGAGAAGGACAUGGUUGCUGUAGAAGACAUGCGGAACCGUUGGUGUUCCUAUUUGGGGCAAGAAAUGGAACCUAACCUGCAAGAAAAGCUAACUGAUUUUCUGCCAAAACUGCUCGAUUGUUCAACAGAAAUUAAAGGUUUCAAUGAACCGCCAAAGCUUCCUUCUUUUUCUACGCACGAGCUGUGUGAGCGAUUUGCUCGAAUAAUGUUAUCACUUAGUCGAACACCAGCUGAUGGGAGAUAAGCAAAGCACCUUCUUACGCACAUUGUAUGGAUGGUUUUAUUUAGUUUUUUUUCUUUUUCAGUUUUUAACUCAUGCCUUCCUGUCACAAAGUUCGCUUUGUUGCUGCUAUUUUUUUUUUUUUUUAAACUUUUAUAUGUUACAGACGGCUAAAUAUGAAAAUACUGUACAGACUUUUAGGCAGAAUACAAACAUUGCUGAUAUAUGCAUGGCACUCAAUCCUCAUUUUUUUU